UUCAGCUGUUUAUUAUUUUGAUGUUUGUAUAAUGUCCUUGGUAUUUUUUUAAUGAGUUGCAAAUCGCACGUACUUUUUGCUAAAUAACAGUGAAUCGUCAACCGAUGAUCACGUAGCGAUCACAUAAAAAUGUCUAUGAUAGACAGGAAUUGACCGUGGAUAAAACGGAUACGGUGAAUAAGGGAGAGAAAGGUCCGAAGAUCGGAGUUCGUUGUGUGGUGUUUAGUGUUGUUAGGCAUCAGCUGUAAGAAUGUCAGCUACGAGUUGUGUGUCGAGCACUGCAAUGGAAAAGAAUUCCAUCGUCGGAAAAAUUAAAUUCUAGUGACAACCUUCUGAUCUCAAGAAAUUCUUCUUUCAAACAUUAAAGAUGUUGUACGUAUUCUAUGUAGAUAUUGGCUCAAUGAUGACCUUCGACAUGAGCUUAGCAAUUGAAAGCGUAUCUCAUUUGAAGAAAUUCGUGGAAAAGGAGUGCGGAAUUCCAGUAGAUAAACAAGUCUUGCUAGUUAGCGGUGGUGUAUCUUUGGAAGAAGAUUCCCAAGUGUGCUCUUAUUCGGCUGGCACGGAUACAAACCCCAUUUUCCUUUUCAGUAAAUGCAUCAUAGAAUCUAUAACUCCGGAAAUAAUGCCCGGAGAUUGUGGCGCGGAUUCUGCUGAAAUUCGUUUUAUGAUAGAUUUGAAAAAUCGAGUAGAAAAAGCAAAAGAUUUGCCACCUGCUUAUGAGACUAUAGCAGUACGUGCCAAGUUGGCCAUGCAGUUUCAUCACUGCGCGAAACAACAAACGAUGUUAUGUGAGAAGCUCGUGCACGAACAGCAUCUACAGCAACAGGGAUGGGCAGCAGUGGUAGCAAAUCUCGAAGAUAUUACCAACGAGUUCAGAAACAGGUCCGAGUUAUUCGAGGAGUAUUUCAACGAUUUCUUGAGUGAACAUGACAAUUACAAAAAGUUUCUGCAAUUCUUUAACGAUGAUUUAGAAGUACUGGGUAGAAUACCAGUAAUUCAUACCUUGUUGGAAACAUCUGCUAAAAAUAAUGUUGAUGAUAGAAUUGUUCAAGAGAACGAUAACGAGGAUGAACAGGUUAACUUGGAAAAUAAAGAUAUUACUUUAUUUGAAUGGAUUUCUUCCACUGAUAGCAGGAAUACAAUGGAGCAAUUGUAUGAUCACUGCUCAAAAGGGCUAGAACAAUUCGAUCAAAUGGUUUUCUCGACAUUGCAUAAGGAAAUUGAACUUGUGAUACGUAAAGCACAGAAUAUGGAAAUGAAGGAAGUCAAGGGGUUAUCGGUUAGGUUGUGUGGGUUAGAGCAAUUGAUGAUUACAACUAAAAAAUAUGUAAGAGAACAAUUUGACUUAGCACAAUCAUUUCAACAGAAUCAAAAUAGGGCUGGACAUUUGGGAGAUAAGUCUAUAUUGCCGGAUCUGUGCGAAAGUCAUCGCAAUCAAUUGAAUGUGAUGGAUGCUAACCAUGCCUUAUUAUGCGAUAUCCGUCGGAGGUGUGCAAAGGCAAAGGAAGAGUUAUGUUUAAAUUUGUUUCAAAGAUUGAAAUGGGUCAUGUUCGUUCAGAAUAUGAUGAUCGAUGCAAAUCACAAGCUGGUGAUAUAUCAUGAUAAUUUGAAAAGAUUGAGACAAAAUUUGGAAAUUUUGCAACAAAUUCAUCUAGCUCCUGUCAUGUAUUUGUCGGCUAUUGUGGAAGUUGUUCGUCGUAGAGAAUUUUCUCAGUCGUUCUUGAUGUGGGCUUCUGAAUUGGCUUGUCAUGUGCUGACCAUUCACAAUGAAGAAGUUGCGAGGAGAAAAGAAUUUCAAUCCAUGUUUGAGGGUCAUUUUCUGAAUGCUCUUUUUCCUGGCAUGGAAGAUAUGCCUCCGACAUUUGCUACUCAGACUCCUUCAAUAUUUGAUUCUAGUUUACCAAAAGUUACAGCUGAAGAUGUCCAUCAGUUAAGAUCUAUGCUGCCGGAUAUGUCUGAGAAUUGUAUGGUGCACGAUAUAUCGGCAGUAACAAGCUUCUUCUCUAAGUUUUUUGUAAAACAAGACGAUAUUCCUGAUGACGGUAGAAAAGUCGAAGAUAGAUUGGUAGAUGUUGUUAACGAGAUUGGCUUAGCCAGUAAUAUGGAUCAAAAUCUUUUGAAGCCCACAGACAGUGAUACUUGUUUAUCCCGGCAUUUAUCACACGUGAAAGAGUUGGAAAAGGGCUGUGAUAGUGAAACGGACACUGAUGAAUUUGAAAAGGUUGGACAAAGUCCGCAAGAGUUACAGUUCGAUAAGGUCUUGAGUUCACUUCGACCUGGAUGCCAAGAUGCUUCAACAAUAACAACAGAGGGUUUCAAUUCGGCGCAUUUCGUUCGCUCCAAAUCUAUAUCGCCACAUACUCCCCAAUCACCACCUAAAUGUGGCAACGCACUAUUGUCGCCUAUUUCACCAACUCAAGCCAUUCAGCCCAAUGAUUUUAUAAACGAUGAAUAUUACAUUGAUGAGAGUCUUCCGUCCAGUUUAAGCAUUGAUGCCGGAAAUAAUGCGCAUAGCGAAUAUGCUAAACAACUUAGCAAUGCAAACGAUGUUGUCGCUUUAUUGCAGGAUAAUUUGCAGACUUCCCGUAAUGAACAGUCAAGGUUGAAGUCGUUAGCUAUGAACGUAUCUACGAUAAUGAAGGAAACCUCAACAAAUAUGCUCGGUGAUUUGAAGGAUUUAAAGACACUAUUCGAAAAGGAAAAAGCGGAACUAGAGGAAACGUACCUGGAGUUAGCUAAUAGCUGUACUGCCUUAAUGUGCGAACGAGACAGCAAAGAACAGGAAAUUAUUAAGCGCCUUUCUUCUCAACAUGAAAUAGAGUUGAAUGCAUUCAAGCGAAUGUUUGAAUUGAAUAAAGAAGAAAUGCUUUGCCUGAAUACAGAGAAAUUGUAUUUAGACAAUAGAUUAAAGAAUAUUAUUGUGGAAAAUGAGAGGCUAUGUGCAGUAAUUGAGAACAAUCAUGAAAAGACACGCGACGACUUCACAGCUCUCCAUGAGAAAAUUGCAAAAUUAGAAGUUGAAAAAGAUAAGACCAUAAAAGAAGUAAGUGAUAAACUUACCCGGGAACAUAAGACUGAAAUGGAUAAUUUAAGAACUAGAUUUCGUCUAGUUUCUGAAUUGGAUAGAAGCCCUUCCGAUGCGAAUUUGGAAAAAAUCGAUAAAUCUGACCAAAGUUUAAUCCAACAGAUUAAGGAUAAUUUGGAAUAUGAAAAAAGUAAAGCCAUUGAAGAUGCAAAGAUGGAAGAGGCAAAAAAGUGGUCCGAUAUUAUGGAAUCAAAGAUACAAGAAAUGCGUGCGUUUUACGAGGAAGAGAAGGACAAGAAGGUCGAAGAGAUUGCGAAAAGAAUUUCAGAUGAGAAGGAUAUUCUUAUAAAAACUUUGAGGCAAAGGGAGGAAAUUUUGAACUUGGAAUGCUUAAAAAAUAAAAAUAUGAUUCAACAGAUGACCGAACUGCAAGUAAGUUCCUCUUCUACGGAGUUUACUGAAAAAAUUGCUGCACUAGAAAAAGAGAAAUAUGCGUUGGAAUGUAAGCUGCGUUUAGACAAACAGAUUAUAAUGGGCGCAUCAAUGGAUAUGUCUACCUCAGUUGCUUUAUGUCCAGCUCCUAUAAUGGAAUGCUCCACUAGUUCAGUUAGGAGUAGUAAGAAAAUGAAGAGACAAAUGACUAGCAGCGAUGGAUUGAAUGUCGAGUCAUGCGCGAUUGGUGACACUGUCCUUGUUGUAUGGGAUGAAGAGCACGAGAACUUCACCAUUCUUCAGAAUAGUCCGUAUCUUUUCUUUCUGCAUUCGGAUAGCGUCAGUGUUUUGGAUCUGAAAAGGCCAGGACCUGGGGAGAAGAAAAUGGUCUUUUGCACAGGUGAAGUUGAGUUUAAGGAAUAUUGUCACGCGAAGAAGUCUCAAAACCGUUACAAAGUACCAAAAGGUACUAAAUUUUAUCGAAUCCAAGUGAAACCUGUGAGCAACAUGGUUAAAUCGCAGUAUACUCCGUUGAUGUCCCAAUCUGCAGCUUCUUCUAGAAUGGAUCAGUCAACAAUUGACCCGAUUUGCUUAUCACUUCCAAGUUCACCCACGAAAACACACUGCCUAGAUGCAACGGAAACUGAAGAUGAUGAAACGCGAUAUGGAGGUGGACUCUGCCACAUUUCCUAAUUUCAUUUUUUUUUUUAAAUUAGAAUUUCUCAACAAUCUCGAUGUGAUUAGCUGUUUAUGGAAAGAUCUAAUUCCGAUUUUAAGUGAUAUUAAAUGUAAUUCAUAUAUAUUUUUGUG